ACCGACCAUGGAAUAGUACACAACCGGACCGGCGUCCAAACCAGUUCAUUGUCUUGGCGCGCCGGAUUUAAAAGACGUUAUCCUCCAAGGCUGAAUGCAAGAAGAGGCGGAGCCUGGUUGUGGAGCACCAAGCUACGUUUGCUACUCCAUAGCGUGCACCGUGCGGUCGUUUUCUCCUGAAAUCAUUAGCUAAAAUAACAGAGCUCCAUUUUCUCUUCUUCCCAAUCUUUGUACCUCACUUCUAGAGAGAUGCGUCUUCUCUAUUCUCCUUCUUUUCACGACGUUUCCAAAGGAGUCUGGCUAAAAAACGAGCCAUGUAAGCUAAAAUGCAGAAACCCCACUUCUUCUAUGUUGGCCAUUAAUUGCUUGCCCCAUUCUCACAGGGUUUGCUUUGGUUCUUUCUCUCUCUACGCAUUUCGUUCGAGGGGACGUGUUGCUUGUGGGGUCAGAGCUCAAGAGAUGCAGAAAGAGGAGGAAGAGGAAAUAGAACGAGGGUCGAAGAAGCAGAAGGCAUAUCCUUUUGAUGAAAUUGAGCCUCGAUGGCAGGGUUAUUGGGAGGAGAAUCGUACAUUUAGAACACCAGAUGAUGAUCUCGAUACCUCUAAGCCUAAGUUUUAUAUACUGGACAUGUUCCCUUAUCCCAGUGGUGCUGGACUACAUGUUGGGCAUCCCCUUGGCUACACUGCUACAGAUAUUCUUUCAAGAUACAAACGCAUGCAAGGUUUCAACGUUUUGCAUCCGAUGGGAUGGGAUGCAUUUGGUUUGCCUGCUGAGCAAUAUGCUAUUGAAACUGGGACACACCCAAAAGUCACAACACUGCAAAAUAUUACACGCUUCCGUUGUCAGCUUAAGUCGUUAGGUUUCUCAUAUGAUUGGGACCGUGAAUUCUCUACCACUGAACCUGAAUAUUACAAGUGGACUCAAUGGAUUUUCCUUCAAUUACUAAAAAGAGGGUUUGCUUAUCAGGCAGAAGUACCAGUAAAUUGGUGCCCAGCCCUUGGCACUGUUUUAGCCAACGAGGAGGUCGUAAAUGGUGUUAGUGAGCGUGGAGGAUAUCCUGUAUUCAGAAAGCCAAUGCUUCAGUGGAUGCUUAAAAUCACUGCAUAUGCUGAUCGUCUUUUGAAGGAUUUAGAUGAUCUCGACUGGCCUGAAAGCCUUAAGGAAAUGCAACGUAAUUGGAUUGGUCGGUCAGAGGGUGCCGAGAUAGAGUUUAGUAUACUCAGUUCCGGAGGGCAUGAAGGAGAUGUGAAACUUACUGUUUAUACAACAAGAACUGAUACCAUUUUUGGGGCAACAUACAUUGUUGUUGCACCUGAGCACCCUUUGUUGUCCUCAAUGAUCUCCGAAGAUCAAAGGAAGCCAGUCGAAGAGUAUACAGAGCUUGCAUCAAGGAAAAGUGAACUUGAGAGGAGUGAGCUUCAAAAAGAAAAAACUGGGGUAUUUAGUGGUUCUUAUUCUAGAAAUCCAGCCACUGGCGAAGCGAUCCCCAUAUGGGUAGCAGAUUAUGUACUGGGGAGCUAUGGCACUGGAGCAAUAAUGGCUGUGCCUGCACAUGAUUCUCGAGACUAUGAUUUUGCAGUAAAAUAUGAUAUUCCAAUACGCUGGGUUGUAAACCCUGUUGAUGGACAAUUUUUUCCUGAAAAGCUUUACAUAGGUGACGGCACCAUGAUAAACUCUUCUAGUUUGAUGACAGGCCUUGAUAUUAAUGGCUUGCCUGUCAAGGAAGCUGCUGCUAAAGUCAUUGAUUGGCUUGAGAUCACUGGGCAUGGGAAAAAGAAGGUAAACUAUAAGUUGAGGGACUGGCUAUUUGCUCGCCAACGAUAUUGGGGAGAACCGUUUCCAGUUAUAUUUAUUGAUGAUUCUGCUGAAAUUGUCCCGCUUCCAGAAAGUGAGCUGCCCGUUACUCUUCCUGAACUUGAUGAUUUUACUCCAACUGGUACAGGGGAACCCCCUUUAGCCAAAGCAGUUUCUUGGGUCAAAACUGUUGACCCUCUAUCAGGGAAACCUGCAACUCGUGAAACAAGUACAAUGCCACAAUGGGCUGGUUCCUGUUGGUAUUAUCUGAGAUUUAUGGACCCAAAGAAUUCCAAGGCUUUGGUUGAUAAGUCCAAAGAAAUGUAUUGGGGCCCUGUCGAUAUAUAUGUCGGUGGUGCAGAACAUUCAGUUCUUCAUUUGCUAUAUGCAAGGUUUUGGCAUAAGGUCCUCUAUGAUAUGGGUGCUGUUUCAACAAACGAGCCUUUCCAGUGUCUUAUUAAUCAGGGGAUAAUACUUGGAGAAGUUGAAUAUACUGCAUAUAGAGACCAGAAAGGAAGAUUAAUAUCUGCUGACAAUGUUAAGGAUACGAAUGAGUAUCACCAUGAAAGAAUACCUGAGGAGAAAGUGCUGAAAUCCAGUGACUCUUAUCUGCUUAAAGAGGACCCCAGCAUCCGAUUAAGUGCAAGGGCUUAUAAGAUGAGCAAAAGCAGGGGAAAUGUAAUCAAUCCAGAUGAUAUUGUUACUGGAUAUGGAGCAGACUCUCUUCGUCUAUAUGAAAUGUUUAUGGGACCUUUGAGGGAUGUAAAAACAUGGAAUACCCGUAGUAUUGAAGGUGUCUAUAGAUUCUUAGGCAGGACAUGGAGGUUGAUUGUGGGUGCUCCUUUGACCAAUGGAUCAUACAUAGAUGGAACUGUUGCAGUUGAUGAAGAACCUAGUCAAGAGCAACUUCAAGCUCUCCACAGAUGCAUUAACAAGGUGACAGAGGAAAUAGAGGGAACACGGUUCAAUACAGGAAUUUCUGCAAUGAUGGAGUUCAUCAAUGUUGCAAACAAGUGGGAAAAGCGUCCUCAAUCAGUUAUGGAAGCCUUUGUUUUGUUGCUUUCACCAUUUGCGCCUCACAUGGCAGAGGAGCUAUGGAAUCGCCUUGGGCACACCUACUCUUUGGCUUAUGAGAAAUGGCCUGAGACCAAGGAGAAGUACUUGAAAGAUAGUCUGAUUGUGCUUCCUGUUCAAAUCAACGGAAAAACGAGGGGAUCGAUAAAGGUUGGAGAAGCGGCAACUGAAGAUGAGGCAUUUAGGUUAGCAACCAAUGAGCAGAAGUUAUCCAAAUAUUUGGUAGGGAAGACAAUAAAGAGGAAAGUCUAUGUUCCUUCCAGAAUUUUGAAUAUCAUAUUGUAAUUUGAAUUUGUAGCUGGUUGAUGUUUAAUUGUUUCAAUUUAAUCUGGGUAAGCUUCCAACUCAUGGAAGCCUAUCUCACAUGAUCUUAUAAGCUAUUUAUUGUAUAUUAUUCCUCAACAUUGGGGAUCAUUUGUAUAUCUGUUUGAGCUUCCUAGUUCCUAGUGGAAAGUUAGGGCACUA